AUGUCUCUAAUGCAUGCUGUUCACGUCCUCUCGGAAACAGAGAUGAUGAAACGCUUGGGUCGUUUCUAUCAGCAAUCUCUUCGUUUAUUGGCCUCUCGACACUGGGAACACAUUCUGAGAUAUAUUCUCACAUGGAUGACCUAUGUUAUCAAUCCCUUGUUGUGGAUUACCUAUGGCUUGUGUGCUGCAUUGAUACCAUUCGGAGGAUUGCCAGAACCUUAUGGAUUUUCCAUUGUCGGAAUUGGUGUUUUGGCUUUGAUCUUGUUUGCAAUGCUCAUCUUUUCACAGAUACGAAAGGUUUUCAUUAGUAGGGAAGAAAUUUUGAGCAAUAAGGAACGAGAACAAUUGCUUUCCAAUAAGAAUGAUGCUAAUGAAACUGGAAAUGCAUCAAAACCAUUUUUUAAAUGCUCGAAAUUGAAUAUUUUCGACACUGUUGUGUUAGUUAUCAUGAUUAUGAUAUUUAUUGGAAGUUUAUUCAUGUGCAUUUAUCCAUAUGUGGCAAAGAAUUUGGAUCCAUAUACACAUGAUGGAUUGAUGAUAGCAGGAUUUAUUUUAUUACCAUUGAGUGGAUUUACGAUUAUUUCUUGGAUCAUGUCCUAUGUUAGAUUGUUCCUAUUGAGGAAUGUUAGGGUUUGA